AUGGAAAUACACGAAUGUUGCAAUGCUUGUAAGAUUGACAUCAAUCCUGUUUGGGUGAGUAGAAAAGAUAAUGUCGAGGCAGACAGGCUGGGUCUGAGUCUUCGGGAGGCAGUGACAGCAGAGCUGCAUAAAGCUGGAGCAGUGACCGAAGGGAUGGAGCGUCUGGGGGAGAACAUGGUGACACAUCUUCUACGUUCAAGGAGCAGUAAUACAAACUCUAAAUACUUUGGAGCAUUCCGCAGAUGGGAGAAGUUCAUUACAGAGGAGGGUGCAUGUGCAUUGCCUGGAGCACCCAUACACGUCGCGCUUUAUCUCACUAAGUUGAUAGACAAAAGCUGUUCAUUUAAUUCUGUGCAGGCCGCUUUUUAUGGUAUCAAGUGGGCCCAUAAAGUGUGUAAUUUUGACGAUCCAACAAAUACCAGUUUUGUGAUAUCUUCGUUAGAAUCUGCCAAAAGGCAAAACAGUUUACCACUAGUGAAAAAAGACAUUAUAACUUCUGAUCAGAUUAUCGCAUUAUGUGAGAAGUAUGAGAGUUCCACAGACGUGCUUGUGUUGAGAGAUUUGGUCAUGAUAGUUUUAUCUUUCGCAGGCUUUCUGCGAUUUGAGGAGGUCUGGAAAGAGAUGUUCUCUCAUAUACAAGAACAAGCCUAUUAG